UCAGGAUGCACUGCGUGUCUGUGUGUGUUCAGGGCGAAUGGCUCCGAGUUCCCUGCGGAGAUGGACCCUCAGCCACCAUCCAGUCUCUGGGGACUGACGCCCUGAGGCGCUACAAUGGGGCCAAGGGGACGGAGGCUGGAGACCGGAAGACGGAGUUCAGCUUGCGGAGGUGUCGUGGUGGAGAGCUCCUCCAUCCCGAGGACAGGGCCAAGGAUGUUCUGGAGGAGAAUGACUUUGUGCAGCUGGUUUUUGCAGGAGAUAACAGUGACAUCUCUUCUCCACUGGAAUGGGCUGAUAGGCAAACUCCAUAUAAAGAGCCCAAAGAGUUCAUGUCCCUGGACGGCAACAGCCUGACCACUGCUGAUCUGGUCAGCUUGGGUAAAGGUUUAUACAAAAUAAAGUUGACCCCUGAGGCUGAACAGAAAGUCAUGAAGGGCAGAGAGGUUAUUGAUGCUAUUAUCAGAGAAAACAAAGUUGCAUAUGGAGUCAACACUGGAUUUGGAAAGUUUGCCCGCACACUCAUACCAAAAGAACAAUUGGUGCAGCUGCAAGAGAAUGUGAUUCGCUCACAUUCAGCUGGAGUGGGUGCCCCGUUGAGUGUGGAAAGGACUCGUAUGCUCCUGGUUCUGAGAAUCAACAUCCUAGCAAAAGGCCACAGCGGUGUUUCCAUGGAAACCAUGGAUGCUAUGAUCAAGGCCUUCAACGCAUCUUGUUUGUCCUGGGUACCAGAGAAAGGUACUGUGGGGGCCAGUGGAGACUUGGCCCCGCUUGCCCACCUCACCCUGGGCCUGAUGGGUGAUGGCAGGAUGUGGUCACCGCAGAGCAGCUGGGCUGAUGCUAAGGCUGUGCUUGAGGGCCAUGGACUCAAACCUCUGAAGAUGAAGCCAAAGGAGGGGAUCGCUCUGAUCAAUGGAACUCAAAUGAUAUCGUCUCUGGGAGCCGAGGCUGUGGAGAGAGCUUUGGCUGUGGCCAGGCAAGCUGACAUCAUCGCUGCCUUGACUGUGGAGGCCCUGAAAGGAACCACAAAGGCCUUCCACAGCGCUAUCCAUGCUGUGCGACCUCACCCCGGUCAGAUGGUGGUGGCUGAGAGGCUUCGAUCUCUGCUUGACUCCGUUGUCUUCCCUUCUGAGAUCUCAGAGAGUCACAGGUCAUGCAAUCGUGUUCAGGAUUCCUAUACGCUGCGUUGCAUCCCACAGGUUCAUGGAGUGGUGAAUGACACAAUCGCUUUUGUCCAGAAAGUGAUCUCCACUGAGCUGAACAGUGCCACGGACAACCCUUUGGUAUUUGCAGAGACUGGAGAGACAAUUUCAGGUGGAAACUUCCAUGGAGAGUAUCCAGCCAAGGUCCUGGACUACCUGGCCAUAGGUGUGCACGAGCUGGCCAGCAUGAGCGAGAGGAGGAUCGAGAGGCUGGUGAACCCGGCCCUCAGUGAACUUCCUGCCUUCCUCGUCAAAGAAGGAGGUUUGAACUCUGGCUUCAUGAUUGCACACUGCACCGCUGCUGCCCUAGUGUCAGAGAGUAAGGCUCUGUGCCACCCAUCAUCUGUUGACUCCCUGUCCACCAGCGCAGCAACUGAGGACCAUGUGUCUAUGGGAGGUUGGGCUGCCCGCAAAGCCCUGAGAGUAGUGGAGCACGUGGAACAAGUGCUGGCCAUUGAGCUGCUGGCUGCCUGCCAGGCUCUGGAGUUCCUGCGUCCUCUGAAGACCACCAUUCCUCUGGAGAAGGUCCACGAGCUGCUGCGCUCUGUGGUCAGUCCCUGGGACAGAGACCGCAUCAUGAGCCCCGACAUUGAAGCUGCUCAUGCACUCAUCACACAGCAAAAGGUCUGGUGGACAGUUCAACCUUACAUGGAUGAAUACCGGAAAAAGCUGCAAACAUGAACGCAGGGGUGCUAGGCUGCAGCUAGAUCAUGUAACACCAACUGGAAUUUUUAAAUAAACAAAUAAAGACUCUAAACUUUUAAAAAUCA